UUGCCCAGCCACCGAGCCAACCGCGCAAUCAAAAAAUAUAAUAUUUUAGUUAUAAAUACCCAAUUACUUUACGAUGUUACGAUUAUGAUUAUGAAAGCUAAAGUAACGACAUUUAACUAUUGAUGUACAGCAAUAAAUAUAAGACUGAAAAUAUAAAGCAAGGAUUGGGUAGUGGCUUCUCAGUCAAAACGGACAUUUUAUUUUUUCAUAAGCAUCUAGGCAAACUAGGGUUAUUAUUAUUAUUAUCUAGGCAGACAUUUUAAUGUUUUAAUGACCCCCUUUAACUACAAAGAAUCAAUAACUACUGACUAAUCACUGGCCUUGUUAAAGGACUAAGUACCGACGGACGUUACGCAUAUUAUAUCAAGUUACAGCGUCUGCUGAACACUUUUUCAUAUCAAACGACACCUUGACAAGAGUUGUCUCAGUGAAUUACUGGAAGACGGUGAAAAGGUCGCGACCGUGGACUCGAACCGUGUGAAAUUACCUGCGGCAGACAUUUGGCAAUAAUUUGAAUUGGAACAGUUCGGCUAGGUCUGUGCUUGAGGCAGGUGGAGUUUGGUAGCCAACAUGGUUGCUGUGGCCGGUGUACUAUUGCUGCUCGCGUUGGUCUCCGUCGCGGAUUUCCAAGAGGCAGUUGACACAGAAUGUUGCGCGGACGCCGCCACAGACGCCGCCGCGGACGCUGCUGCGGAUGAUGCACAGAAUACUGAUGAAAAUGAACUAGAGUUGGAUGUGGAGCUGGAGGCAGCAUGUCCUGAGCUGAGCGGCCAGAUCAUUGGAGGAAGGCCAUCCUCAAUACAACGGCACCCCUACCAAGUGUCCAUGGUGCUGAAUGGAAACUCCUUCUGCGGUGGCUUCAUCAUCAGUCCAGACUACGUGGUUACUGCUGCUCAUUGUGUACAAAACACAUCACCAGCAGCUAUCCGGCUCCGGGUGGGUAGUACCCGACGUGACUCCGGUGGCAGGAUCGUAAGAGUGGCAAGCGUGAUAGUACACCCUCAAUAUGGAAGGCCACAGUUCGACAAUGACAUCGCUGUACUGAGACUGGCCAGGCCCUUGACCUUCAACGCCAAUAUCAGAGCCAUCAAACUGCCGCAGCCACGACAGCCUGUACCACUCGUGAGGCUCACUGUCACUGGAUGGGGACUUACUGCUGUGGGUGGGCGUCGUAUCCCGCGCAUCAUGAUGGAAGCCAACGUGCCCGUGGUGCCACACUGGCUCUGUCGCCUGUCCUAUGGCCAGUCGCUGACCAGCAACAUGUUCUGCGGAGGACACUUCCUCAUCGGAGGAGUGUCGUCUUGUCAGGGCGACUCCGGAGGGCCGGCCGUGUUCCGAGACACGGCAUUUGGCGUGGUAUCGUUCGCGAGAGGAUGUGCAUUACCGCUGUCACCGACCGUCUUCACCAACAUCGCUUCCCUCAGAAAUUGGAUCAGAGACAACACUGGCAUCUGAUACAAAAUCAACCGUAUUCCACAUACUCACAGAGUAUAUUUUUAGACUUAGCAACACUGUGAUAGAUAAAUGUAUUUAGAAUCCAGGAGAACUUACGUUAUCCCUGGUACUUAGUGCUACCGUUAUUCUGGCUGGAAGCCAGUUAGUUUUUCGUACUAGAAAAUAUGUUGUUUUGUAAUUUUGUAGCCGCGAUUAAGCCGUGUAUUGGAACAUUGACGCUUUUUGGUAUUUUUCCAAGUUUCGAAUACGUGUAUAUACUAUGAAAAUACACUCGAACUGGUCGAUUUGUGAAUGGCUAUAAGUUAUUUGUCCAUUAUGUUAAUUAUAUACAAAUUGUUGUCCACGUUGGGGACUGAUGUCAUGUUUUAUAUACUUUUCUAUUAAACAGUUUUACAAUAAAAUCUAAUUUAAAUAGAAUAAUGUGUUUU